CCGACACGUCCAUCAUGCGACAAUCCAAAUCGCCUUGAACAGAUUAUUGGCCAGUCCUCACGAAGUUUGUCUUUUCAGCAAAAAACUUUACCAGAUCAGAAUUAGUUCUACGAGACGCUCGUCCUUCUGCAGGGACACAAAGCAUCAGUGAGCUAUUUUCUGAUUGAUACGCCACAUUCUUUCGUCUCUUGUAUUCAAGGCACCAUUAAAGAUAUGUUCAUAAUAUGCCAAAUGCACAGGGAAGAAUGACCCAAUGUUGUUUCCUCUAUUGUCUCUGUGGUCUAAGACUAGUAUCGGCACGCCUUCCCCUACCGCGAGUAUCUACUGGUUUCGCCAGCGUACCAAAGUUGUUUUGGAGCUAAGUGGGUCUAUUUAUGGGAGUUCCAGGUGCAAGUACUUCCGUUAGUAUAUCUGACCAAGGCUGCCGGCAUCCGACUGAGGAUCGGCUAUGGAAUGAAUGACACGCUAUUUCAGACAAUACAUAGCGAUGUUUAUUUUGGAGCGGUUUGUAGCAAGAUGUAAACUCCCGCGAUUUAUUCUUUCGUCGAAUAUUGGCUGCCUGAGUUUCUGCUGCACGAAUAUAGCCGCAGGUCGCGGUGUCUUUCACCUUUGCAAGAAGGGUAUCGGCUUCAAUCGUGACAGCGCUCACGGUACCAGCUUCUGGAUGAUAUCUCUGUUGUAUUUUCUCGCUAUAUUUCAAGGCCAAGGAAUGGACUAGCGCGAAGGUGCAUACCACUCGAAAUAAGGAUAUCUUGAUUCUAAGUGGCACAGAGGGUCGCCUAAAGCUUGAUGUAUCCUCCACCAGAACGUCGAACCCUCGCAGAUGGCAUCUUUCUGUUCUCUCAAGCUUAUUCCCAUCUCCUUAGUACCAAAACUGUGAUUCCUCUUUAUCAUUUAGAAACUCGAUCGUGAGUACCUUUUGAUGCGUAUGAGCGCACAGCAGCGAAUCGAUGAGCUCUUGGCCUAUUUGUGCUCCAGGCGGCCUCAUGUAGGAUGGAUUCCUUUGCCUUCGAAUCCCUGCUGAUACAGACUUUUUCGCAACCGGCUUGCUAGGUCACGAAAGGCCUUUCUACGGCAAACGGGAUUGCUGCGAGGGUGACUUGCUUUAUG